AUGGAGGUUCCGGCACGACAUCGUCCACUCCAGCUCCGACAAUUUCCACGACUACGACUCCCGUCGUUUUGGAUCAAGAAUCCAAAGACCUGGUUUCGACAAGUCAAAGCACUCUUCCAGGCCCGCCGCAUCCAGAACCAGAUGACGAAGUACUGUGAAGUGCAGCCGCUUAUCCCCCUGGAGCUCAUCGACGACAUUGAUGACGUUCUUUCGUCGAUACGGCCUGACAACGCGUAUGAUACGUUGAAAUCUGCCAUUGUCUCGCGCACGACGGUUUCGGAGCGAGCGAGGAUACAGCAGCUCCUUACGACUGAGGAGCGUGGUGACCGGCGUCCGUCGCAGCUCCUGCAUCGGAUGAGACAGCUCCUGGGAGAUCGGUCAGACGACCACUCCGCGAUCCUCCGCGAGCGCUUCCUCAACCGACUUCCGCAAGAUGUCGGUUGA